CUGCAGGAACUAAUGCAGCCAAAAUCUGGGGCAAAUGGUACAAUCAUCACUGAGUUUGUCCUGCUGGGCCUGGUGGAGACACCAGAGCUGUGGCCACUUGUCUUUGUGCUCUUCCUGUUCGCCUACCUGGUCACAGUCGGGGGCAACCUCAGCAUCCUGGCAGCCAUCCAGGUGGAGCCCAAACCACACCUGAUAUACUUCUUCCUGGGGAACCUAUCAGUUCUGGAUGUUGGAUGUAUCACUGUCAAUGUCCCUGCAAUACUGGGUCAUCUGCUGUCCCACAAGUGUACAAUUUCCUGCGAUGCCUGCCUCUACCAACUAUUCUUCUUCUAUCUGGGUGGAAUGGACUGCUUCCUGUUAACAGAUGACUGGUUCCUGGCCAUCUGCCGGCCCCUCACCUGUAGCACCCACAUGAGCCAGAUGGUCCAGUGGAUAUUGGUGGCUGUGUCCUGGGCCUGUUCCCUCACCAAUGCACUGGCCCACACUAUUGCCCUAACUACACUCCACUUCUGUGGUCCCAAUGAGGUCGAUCACUUCUACUGUGAGCUCCCCCAGCUCCUCCAGCUCUCUUGCUCCAGCACCCAACUCGAUGAGCUGCUGCUCUUUGCUAUGAGUUUCCUAAUGGCGGGUGCACCUGUGGUUCUCAUCAUCCCCUCCUACAUCCAUGUGGCCGCUGCAGUGCUGCACAUCCGCUCAGCGAAGGGCGGGAAGAAGGCCUUCUCCACAUGCGGCUCCCAUCUCACUGUGGUCUGCCUCUUCUAUGGGACCGGUGUCUUCAACUACAUGCGUCUGGGUUCAGAGGAGGCUUCAGACAGAAUGAAGGGGGCGAAGGGGUUGGGGGUUUUCAACACAGUUAUCCACCCCAUGCUGAACCCACUUAUCUACAGCCUUAGAAACCCUGAUGUCCAGAGUGCCCCACGGCAGGUCCUUGUGGGGAGUCGGUUGCUGACCUGA